AUGUCUGCUGAAGAGAAAACCAGAGUCUCGGGCGACAUCACUCGCUCCGAGCCAGUCUUGCCCACUGUCAAUCCUGCGGCCGACAAGCCCGCUCCCGCAAAGGCUUCUCUACACCCCGUCUUCUACGUUGUCACAUGGAUUGGCUUCAGUUCUUCCGUCAUCCUGUUCAACAAAUGGCUCCUGGACACGCUCAACUUCCGCUAUCCCGUCAUUCUCACGACUUACCACCUCACCUUUGCUACCGUCGUUACCCAGGUCAUGGCCCGCUGGACGACUAUGCUCGAUGGCCGAAAGACGGUUAAGAUGACGGGCCGCGUAUACUUGCGAGCCGUUGUGCCUAUUGGUGUCUUCUUCAGCUUGAGUUUGAUCUGCGGUAACCUGACCUACCUCUACCUCUCGGUCGCCUUCAUCCAGAUGCUCAAGGCUACCACGCCCGUUGCUGUCCUGAUCUCCGGCUGGGCCCUGGGCGUGUCUCAGCCAAACCUGAAGCAGUUCCUCAAUGUCUCGGCCAUCGUUAUCGCCGGUGUCAUUUUUGAGGCUCUCCGACUCACCAUGGUCCAGAGACUGCUGAGCUCUGCUGACUUCAAGAUGGACCCCCUGGUGUCUCUGUACUACUUCGCUCCCAUCUGUGCCGUGAUGAACGGUGUGGUUGCUUUGAUCUGGGAGGUUCCCAAGGUCUCCAUGGUUGAAGUGUACAACGUCGGCUUCUUCACCUUCUUCCUCAACGGUCUUUGCGCUUUCAUGCUCAACGUCUCCGUCGUUUUCUUGAUUGGCAAGACCUCUGCUGUCGUCCUCACCCUCUGCGGUGUUCUCAAGGACAUCAUGCUUGUCGUUGCCUCCAUGAUGAUCUGGGGCACCCAGGUGACUGCUCUUCAGUUCUUUGGCUACUCCAUCGCCCUCGGUGGCAUGGUUUACUACAAGCUUGGCUUUGAGGCUCUCAAGGGCUACGCUGGUGAGGCCGGCCGCCAGUGGGCCGAGUUUGGUGCUCGCAAGCCUAUCCUCCGCAAGCUGUCCAUCAUUGUAAUGGCUGUGCUCUUCAUCUUCGUCGUCUUUGGUGGCCUGGCUCCCACCUACGCCCCCGAGUACGACCCCUCCAAGCUCGCCUCUGAAGUUACCAACCACUUCAAGGGCAAUGCUGCUGCCGCCGCCGCCGCGGGAGCUGAGUAG